GCAACACUUGCAAAUUCCGGCAUUUUCCAUUUAGCAGCACUGGUUGACAACGCUAAAAUAAUUUAAUCUGCUUUAUAUUUAUUGUUAAAAGGAAAAACAAAUCGGCGCCAUGGCGGAUAAAGCACAAGAACAGAGUAUUAUGGACAAGUCCAUGCGGUCAGUGUUCGUGGGCAAUAUACCGUACGAAGCAACCGAGGAGAAGCUUAAAGAAAUUUUCAGCGAAGUCGGACCGGUGCUGUCGCUCAAGCUGGUGUUUGACCGCGAGAGCGGAAAACCCAAAGGCUUUGGCUUCUGUGAAUACAAGGAUCAGGAAACAGCGCUAAGUGCCAUGCGUAAUCUCAAUGGAUACGAAAUUGGCGGGCGUACAUUGCGCGUGGACAAUGCUUGUACAGAGAAAUCGCGCAUGGAAAUGCAGCAGCUGUUGCAAGGCCCACAGGUUGAGAAUCCCUAUGGCGAACCCUGCGAUCCCGACGAUGCGCCAGAGCUGAUUACCAAAACGGUUGCAUCGCUGCCGCCCGAACAGAUGUACGAAUUGAUGAAACAAAUGAAACUGUGCAUUGUUAGCAAUCCCUCGGAGGCGCGUCAGAUGCUUAUGCUGAAUCCUCAAUUGGCCUAUGCCUUGCUGCAAGCCAUGGUCGUGAUGCGCAUUGUUGAUCCGCAGCAGGCGCUCGGUAUGCUUUUCAAAGCUAAUCAAAUGCCACCUGUGCUGGGCGGCAAUCCUCAUCAAGGUGGUGGCAUGUCACAGCAGCAGCCACCACCGCAACAAGCGCCAAGAGAGCCGUCUGGAGUGCAGUCAAUGUCCGGGCCCGGUCCCAACUUUAGUAAUAUGCAUCCCAAUGACAUUGAUUUGCGCAUGGUACCCGGCGGUGUUCCCGUUAAUAUGGAUCCGCGCAUGAUGAAUCGCAAUAUAGACCAAGAUAUGCGUCAAGUGCCCGGCGCUAUGCCUAACCCGGUGCCAGCACCAAUUAUGGAUCCACGUACACGCGGACAAAUGCAGCAACAGCAAGUAGCCCCGUCUGCAUCUGUACCAUACCCAAGCGAUCCACGACAGCGUCCAAUGGAUCCACGUCUGCGUGGUGCAAUGCCGCCCGGCCCUGUGCAGGCGCCACAGCAACCAACACCGCAGCAAGUCGUCACUGCACAGCAGCAGUCGGCGGCAUUGCAAUUGCAGAGUCGCUUGGGCGCACAUGGUGUACUGCCAUCUGAUGCUUCCGAUCAGGAGAAGGCUGCACUUAUCAUGCAAGUGUUGCAGUUGUCCGAUGAUCAGAUUGCACAAUUGCCGCCAGAGCAGCGUGCCAGCAUUUUGGUGCUCAAGGAGCAAAUUGCCAAGACCAGAACUGCGCGCUAAAUGAUUUUAAUAACCACAAAUGUUACAACUUAAAUAAAAUAAAAUACAUGCUUGAAUUGGAA